AUGAGUAGAAUUAGACUAGCCAAUACUAUUUUGAAGUUCAUAUACAUUAUGAAAAUACCAACUUGCCCUAUAAUCUGGGCCCUCUUGGCGCUCGCUCUCGCGCUCUCCAUAACGGCUUUGCCCCCUCCCUCCCGCGCCGACGUUGGGCAGCCUGACCACGACAACGCCAGUGCCGCAGGCCUGCAACUCGAGGCGCCGUUGAAUGAGCACGAGAGCCGGUGCACGACGGCGGCGCGGGUGAUGCAGCCCAAGGGCUGUGGCGUGUGGGCAUCAUCACAGAUCAACUUCCCGCACCAGCCUGCGGACCAGCGCAGCUCAGUGGCAGUGUGCGACCAGGGCCAGUGGUAG